AUGGAUGAAGGGAGACUUAAAUAUGUCAAUACGAAACUAUUGGAGGAAACCAAAAAUAAAGGGAAUGAAUUAUUUAGGUGCAAAAAAUAUGAAGAGGCAUUAAGUGUUUAUUUGAGCGCCAUUUCGCAGCUAUGCAAUGGACCAGUUGAUUCAUUACAAGUUCAAAGUUGUGUCCAAUUUUUUCAAAAUAAAUGUAGAAAUAAUGGGAACAAUGAAAAAAAGGAGGAAAACGUUGCAGAAGGAGCGGACCAUCAUACAGAAAUGGAGGAAAUGAAAAAAGAUUGCACCUAUGUGAACCACCUAGUGAAGAAUCUUUUCAUAAAUAUAUGUCACAACAUAUCAUUGUGUUAUUAUUUUUUAGACCGUUUUGAAGAAGCCAUUGAAUACUGCUUGUAUAUAAAUGAGAUCGAUAAGGAACAUUACAAAAGUUAUCACACAUUGGGCCAGUGUUAUGAAAAGUUGAAGGAUUAUAAAAAAUGUAUCCAGUACUUUGAAAGAUGUAAAGUCGUACUUGCUAUGGGAAAAUCUGCUUCUAAAAAAGAAACACAUGCAAUGGGUGGAAACAAUAUAAAUGGUGAAAUAUGCCGAAUAAAUGACAAACUAAAAAAGAUAUUUCAAGAUAUGGAAGAUGAAAAACAGGAGAAAGAGACGAUCACUAUAGACAUGAUCAAAAAAAUAAUCCUUGAUGUUAACGCGACAGAAGAGGAAAAAAUUAAAAUGAUCCACAGCAUUUAUAAGCAUAGUUUACAUACCUUACUUAGGGAAAAUAUUUUUGAAUUAUUUUCAAAAAUCAUGAACCAUAGUAAUACCACUUUGGUGGUUCAAAAGGAGUGCCUUUUUAUUAUGUACAAAUUAAUGUCCAAGUUAGAAAGAGAAGAAAUGAAAAAGGGAAAUGAAAAAUAUGAGAUAUCAAGGAGUAACAAAAUGUGCAUAAACAGGUUAAGUGACAUCAAGUUUGAGUUUUACUAUGAUACAAAUUUUGUAAAAAUGAUUUUGUCAUUUCAUGAACUAUUUGAUGAACAGUGGAUAAAUAACUAUGUAAAAAAUCAAACAAAAAAAAUGGAAAAUUUCCAAUUUGAAAAAGACGAAUAUAAUUGCAAUAUAGUUAAGGACUCCCUAAUAUUCAUCAUCAACAUUGUAAAAUACGUUCAUGCAAUAAAUAAUCAAAACAUUGUUAAAAUAAUUAAUGCCUACUUUUUAAAUAGUGGAAAUAGAGAUAUUGCAAGUAGUGCUCUCGACGUAAUAAUUUUUCUUUGCAAAAAAAAAAAGUUCUUCAUACAAAGAAAAAACACAAGUAAGGAGAAAAAUCAGUUAAACUUUAUUCAAACAUUAAAACUGUUACCAAAUUUUGAUAUACACAACAGUCUUAUCGAAUUUCACUUUGGUGACAUUUAUAAGCACCCACUAUGUAUCAAUCACGAAAUUAAAAAAAUGAUUCAGCAAUGUAUAAGUAUGUAUGAUGAUUUUUCAAAUGAUGUGGAAUACGCUCUAAUUUUAAUUUUUACCUUAUUAUAUGAUAAAAAUAGGCCUAGUGAAAAAGAUAUAGAAAUGAAUGAUCUUAUAUACGAAUGCAUAAAUUUGUAUUUUAAAACAAAUGAGAUAUGUGUAGAAUGGUUCCUAUCAGUUAAAUGUCUUUUCUUGGUUGAUAAAAAUAUUGUUCUGAAUUAUUUAAUUGGGAAAAAUGAAUACAUGUUUGAUAUUCUAAAUUUUAUAAAUAAUUCAGUAGGAAGAAAAAGCAAAAAAUAUGUAUCUCUCUACAUUGACGUUUUACUGCUUCUCCUAAAUAUAGCAGAGUUACGUUUUAUGUUAAAUAGUUACAUCGACGUUUAUAUAAAUAUCUUAAAAACUCUCAAUUAUGACGAAAACUUUUUGAAGUUGCUUGUCGGAUUAUUCAAGCUGUACAUGCAUAACAAAGAUUUCAAAGAAGAAAUCAUCAGAAACAUUGAUUUAUUUUUCUACGCCAAGGAAAUGUUGAAACGGUUUCUUCAAAAUUAUUAUACCCCAGAGGUCCAGCCCCUUGCAAACGGAUAUUCUUCUGAUAAGCACUAUUCAACGCACUUAGACAAGAAGAGAUCUUCUGAACUGUCAACCUGUUCUGCACAUACCGGGACUAGUUCUUUGUCUAAUGAUAAAAAAAAUUGUCGCUUGAUAGACAAAAGGGAAGAUCAAGAGGCAAGCACAAAGGAGACUCAGAAUGAAGUGGAAAAUGGAACAACCAAUCCAUGUGCCAAGUACGAUGUCAACAUGUUGAAAGAUGUCAUCGAAAUGCUGUUCUAUUUGAGUCUGCACAUAGAAUUUAAGAAGCAGCUACUGGAGGACGAAAACAACUACAUACUGCUUUUCCUGAUAAAAGUAGGAGACGACAUUAACCAAAAGAAAUUAGACAAUACAUAUAAAUACCUGUAUUGCAAUACUAUCAAUAAUUUAAUAUUAUCAAGAACAGAUGAAAAGGCGAGGAGAAGAGAAAUUAACAAAGCCAAUUUAUCAAAUUUUGAUCCAGAACAAAUUGAAGCCUUAGAGCAAUUUUAUGAUAAAUUACCUACAGGAGCGAAACCGAAAACAGAUCUCAUGUAUGAUUAUGGAGAUGAAGAAACAAGUAAUCAAUUGAUUAACUUAUUAUUAUAUAACGAAAAUUAUCAAAAAAAAGUUAGUGAAAAAAGUGGACAAAUAAUAUCUAUGGGUGAUGGCAGUAGUGGUAGUAGUUGCACUACUACUACUAGUAACAGUAUUAGGUAUAAAAAUGGGACAAUUAUUAGCACCAUAUAUAAUUUUAUUAACACCAAUUUUUUCACAACUAACAUAGCUGAAGCAGUGUGCGAGAUUAUAUCUAAAUUUGUAAAAAAUUCAAAAAACAUUGGGCUAGUACUUGUUAAUAAUGGGUUGAAAACUUUGUUGUUAGCUUCAAAACACAUUUCUAAAAAAAAAAAUUGUGCUCUAGCUUUAAGUGAAAUAUUUAUUUAUACCAAUCCCAAAUUGAUUCACUUUUAUGAAGCUUAUGAUUCUUUGCCUUUACUAAUUGAUGAAUUGAGUAAUGAAGAUGAAUUAUUAGUUUUCAAGACCUUAAUGGCGAUAACAAAUAUAUUAACUAUUGACGAAAAUGUAGCCAUAAAAGCUAUGCACUUAAAUUUGUGGAAUAAGUGUUUUGACAUUAUCGCAUCGGAAAAUGAUUGUAUACGAGCAGCAAGUUUAGAAUGCAUCUGUAACUUAUGUUCUCAGACGCAUGUUCAUCAAUAUGUAUAUGAUAAAUAUCAAAAAAUUACAAAGCAAGAUGAAAAAAACAAAGAAUUCAAUUUUGUAGAUAUGCAAAUAAUAUAUUCUUUCACCAUGGAAUAUAAAAACUAUAAAGCUGUUUUUGCUUCAACAGGAGCAUUAGGCAUGUUAUCUUCUGAUUUACGCUUACCCAUGUAUUUAAUACGAACAAAGGGAUUCCAUCAUAUUCUUUCCUCAUUUGAGGAAACAAAUGAUCAGCCGAUUUUACUUCGUAUUUUAACAUUUUUCAAUAAUGUCAUAUUGAGCGAAAAUGUACCUGUGGGCACUAUUAAAAAGAUAAGGGAUGCAGUUAGGGUUAAAACUGACUUGAAUGAAGAAAAUACGCAAAUUGCAAAUUUGAUUCUCCAAUGA